AUGACUGAUAAUGAUGGUACUGAUAUAGAUUUAUUAUUGGAAGAUCGAUUGAAACAACGAUAUCCGGUGAAUCAAUUGAUCGAUUUCAUAAUUGAAAAUGUUGAUAAGAUCACAAUUCCGAAAUUAGUUGGUCAAUUAGAAGAGAUUUGCUUAAUAAACAAAAUCUAUAUUAAGAAUAUAUUGAAUGAGUUGAUUAACGGUAGUAGUAGUAGCAAUAGUAAUAAUACAAUGAAGAUAAUAUCAUAUUAUAAUGAUGCAACGUUGUUUUCCAUGGAAGAUUGGAUUUAUGAGAAAUAUAUGGAAUUAAUUCCUAUCAAAUAUGAUGCAGAGGCAUCAGAUAUAAUAAUGUAUCGAAUUAAUGAAAAUAUUAAGAUUAAGGUGUNNNAGGAGCAACCGAACAUUAUUAGUGGUAAGAGUACUACUGGGUUUCGUACAUGGGAAGGUGCAGUUUAUUUAUCUAAAUUUUUAAUUAAUAACUGUGAAAAGUAUCUAAUAGAAAAGACUGAUGUUAUUGAAUUAGGUGCAGGUACUGGGCUUGUUAGUCUUUGUAUAUUAGAAAAUGAUCUACAAAAAGGUAUAAAAAGAGACAAAGUUUAUGUUACAGAUGGUGAUUCAGAACUAGUUUCUAGUAUCUUGAAUAAAAAUUUCGAACUCAAUAAUGUAAAUAUAGAAGAUGAGAAUGUAAUAUUACGGAAAUUAUGGUGGAAUGAUCCUAAUGAAAAGAUAGCGGGAGAGGACAACGGUAAGAUUGGAUUAGUUGUUGGUGCAGAUAUUACAUAUGAUAAUAGUGUUAUACCUGAUUUAUGUGCUUGUUUGAAGCAAUUUAUGGAUAAGAACCGUGACUGUAAAGCAAUAAUAUCAGCUACUGUUCGAAAUAUUGAUACUAUAAAUUUCUUUGAAAGGAAAUGUGAAGAAUUAGGAAUGAAGGUUCAAAUAAUUCAAAGUACGGAAUCAGAUCCAAUAGGUGAAGAAAAGAUGAUUAAUGAAAUAAUAUUUCGGCCGUUAAUAGCACCCAUUCGAAUUUAUGAGAUUUCGAAUAUAUAG